AUGGAUACGGAAAAUGAUUCACCUAGAAAAACAAGAAGGAGAGCUGAUGGUAAUGAAGAAAAAGUUGUACAGUCUCCAAAAAGACAAAAAGUUGAAGUUGCAGGAAAGUUAAAUGAGAGCAUGGAUACAGAGAAUGAUUCACCUAGAAAAACAAGAAGGAGAGUUGAUGAUAAUGAAGAGAAAGUUGUACAGCCUUUGAAAAGACAGGAAGUUGAAAUCAAAAGAAAGUUAAAUAAGAAUUUGGAACAAAAAGACAAUAAAAAGAGAAGAAAUGAAAAAGAAACAUAUACCAAACCAAAUAGGAUUAAAACAUCUCGGAUGGAUGCAAAACAGGUAGUAAAGGUUUUGCCAAACAAGCUUAAGACAUUGACAGUUGAUCUCCAUAAAUUGAAAUUGAAUGAAGCUCUUAAAACAUAUAAAGCAAAGGCAGUUUCAAGGGCAAUAGAGGCAAGACACAAGAAAAACAGAAGCCUAAGAGAAUUUAAUAAGGGUGGCAAUGAAAAAAGUGAUAUAAAUAGCAAAGAGAUCCCUUCUUUGUCUCAAAAAAGGCCAAGAAAUAAAGAACCAAAUAUUUUGUCAGAAAAAUCAGUGAAAAGAAAAGGUAUUGGUGUAAAAGAAAAACAAAAGUGCAUGAAAGAAUUGAAGUUUGAAAGGAAAAUUCAAAUUGUGAAAACAGCUCGAUAUAAGCGUGCUGUCCCUGAUACAGUGCCAAAAGAUGAAAUUGUUAAGACAUGUAGCUUGAAACAAUUGACUAAAGGAUUACCAGUUGUGAAAGUAACUGUUCCUUGUCUAACCAGUGAGGAAAUUCUUAGACUUAGUCAAAACAUUGAGAAAUCUGUUGUCUCAGUAAAGGAGUCUAAAUCUGAAUUGACUUCAUCAGAAGUGGCAAAUCAAAUAUUAGACGAAAUAAUUGAUGAAAUUUGUUGUGCUGAAGAAUUACCUGAUGACACUGUGCAUCAGUUAGAUGGUGUUUCAGACAUCUGUGGUAGUAAUCCUGUUACUACAGGUAGGGAGAGUGGAGAAAGUGAUGUAAGCGACAAUAGCAAGAAGUCAGUGCCGUCAGAUUCUGAGGGAGUAAAAAGUGUGCAGGAAUCCUCAAACAAACAGGAGAGUACUAGAAAUAUAAAGAAAGAAAAUUUAAAUGUAAUUUCUACUGACGAAUCAGAAUCAGAUCUAUCUCUUAUAUCAGUCACAUUAGAAAACAAAGAAAAUGAAAAUAACACUACUGCCCCUUAUUGUGAGAACACAGAUUUAAGUAAUGAAAAUAGAAGUACAGAUCAUGAAAAUGAUAAUGAAGUUUCAGAUGUGGAAAAGAAGACUGUUUGUGAAAUUGAUGUCAUCCCAUUGGGAAAAAGUAAAUUUUAUGAUGAAGAUGUGGAAGAAAAUUCACUUGAUGAAGUGGAUGGUGAAAUAGUAGAUGGGACUGAAAUGUCACUGGAGGAUGAUGAGGAGAAUGUUCAGAAUACAUUCAGUGGGGAGCAGAUAGAAGAUAGUUGUGAAAUAAAAACUAAACAUGAAGAUAUCAGUCUUGCAGAGGAAGGAGUAAAUAAUGAAGUCAAACACUUUUAUGGCAGCAAAGAAAAUGAUGAUAUCAUUGUGUUAAAGACUUCUCCGCAGAAGUUGAUGAAAACAUCAAAAAUAGUAGAGUGUAUAAAUAAUGAUACUUCAGAUGAUGGUAGUGCAGAAAAGGAAAAUAUAAGUGAAAAAAAUAUAGAAAAAGAAUUGAAUGAUACUGAUAUGGCAAACACAUUAAAAAGUUACGUAGAGGUAGAGAUAAACGAUUCUAAAGACAAUAGCACAAAUUCACUAAAACAAAAGCAGGUGUUGAGUGCUAUAAUUGAUAGUGAAUCAGGUUCAUUGAUUGGUGAUGUGUAUUCUGUUGAUGAAUCUGCUGGAAGUUCUAGUGAAGGAGAUCAUGACAAAAAGUUACAUAAGAGAGGAAAGAAUUCUUCAGAUGGUCAGAUAGAAAACGUUUCAAGAGCUUCUAGGUCCAGGUCAACAACUCCAGAUGAUGUUAUUGAGAGUCUUACAGAGAGCUGA